CCAGGUUCAGACUCUGGCGCCCCAACGCAGCCGAGGCGGCGCGCGAGCAGGUACCACUGGGUGGAGAAGAGAAUUGAAGUAGCACAAGGCCAACAUAACAGCUCACAUGCCUGUAAGAGGUGGAUAAACAAAGAGGUGGAUACAAACGGAAUCAUCUAGACAAGACAGAAGCUAUAAAGCAAAAGUGAUGAUUGAACCAAAUGUGAUGAUUGAACCAAAUGAAGCAAUGUCAGAUAAAUGCCUCUUUGGAUGCAGACCAACAUUGGCAAGCAAACUUUAUACCUCACCAACACAAGUCUCUCUAAAUGUAGCGAAGACAGUCUCAGAAAAUAAGGAAGUCUCUUCAAAAAAUAUUGAAAGUAAAGUCUCUAAAGAAUUUACCGAAAAUAGAGUAUCUCCAAAGAGUAUUGAAAAUAAAGAUAUAGAAACAAAUCUACAGUCUAAGAUAUGGUCAUCUUCCUUCUUAAAAGAAAGCACAGGUGAAAUGAGCAAAAGUGUAGUCAUUACAGAGCAGGAGAAAAAUAAUGAAUGUUCCCCUGAGGAUACUGAUGAUAAGUUGUCUGAAUCAACAGAUGAUGAUGGUGAGGAUGAUACCAAUGAUGAAGAUAAUGAGGAAGACAGUAACCCUAAUAAGGAUACUCAUGCCCCAUUAGAGUUAAUGACAGAAUUCCUAAGAGCAGAAAUGGGCCAAGACUACUAUUUGGCAAAAAAAUUAUGUCAGAUGAUCCUAAUCUAUGAACCAGAAAAUCCUGAGGCCAAGGAGUUUUUCUCACUUAUUGAAGAAAUGCUUCUGAUGGAGAAAGCUCAAAAUCUGGAGGAAGAUGAUGAAGAGAGUGGAGAAGACAGUAGCGGUGAGAGUGCAGGGGAGAGCAGUGAGGAUCCAAGUGAAGAAAGCUCUGAUGAAUGUGAAGAUGGGUGAUGACAUUUGCUGCUAUAGUUUAAUCUUCAUGUAUGUUCAUUACUGUAUAC